AUGCCCGCGGAUCCACGGUCCAUCUGGGGUGCCAUGCGGGCAGAGGACGGCGGGUAUGCAGGGCACCCGCCACCGUCAUUUCCGCGCAGCCCAAGUGCUACUUCUGAUACUUCGGCGGGCGAAACUGUGCAGCGCGCAUAUAUGCGCUCGCACGGGGGUAUACAGCAGGACAGCAAGCCGCCGCUCACGAUCCGCGUGCCGGACAUGUACAGCGGACAGCGAACCGUGUCGCGGAGCAGUUUCAGUGCGACUGCACCGCGUGAAAGUUUUGGCGAAAGGAGCAGGCCUCGUGCGGGCAUGGGGCGCAAAAGCAUCUCGACUGCGUUCGUGCACGACUCGCUGCCCACGUCGUUUCUAAAUGUGCCGCGCCACAGCGCGCCACAGAGCCUCUUGGAAGCGCAGUUUUCCGAAGCGCGCACCGGUUUCAGCAGCAGCGAUGCGCGCCCACAGAUGUUGCCUAUACGCGGCCAGGGCGAGCUUUUUCUGCGCACGGGCGAGUCCGAGGCGCGACUCGACCCCAAGGGCGACAGCGCAUUGCUGAGCUACCGCAUGGCGUCGAUGCAGUGGCCGCCCCCGAAACUGCAACCUGGCGCUGCACGGCGUCCCACGUCGCCGCCGGCGCGGCGCCACGGCUCGCUCUGCAUCGAUACAAGCACCGCCGGCACACACCGCCGCUCUGUUUCGGUGCGCGGCCCCAGCUCUGCCGUGUGGCCGCCGUCGCGCUCCGAGCUGCCCGUGACGCCGACGUGGAAUGCGCCGCGCCGCAACUCGGACGUGUCGCUUGCCUUUGGCGACAUGUCCCUCACGGAUACGCCGCGUUCUCCCAGCGGCAGUUGCAUUCCCAGAGAGCGCUCUCCGCUUGCAACCGUACCGCAAACGGCGCUGGAGGAUGGCAACGGCGCCAUGGCGUCCGGCCCGCUUGAGUACCCGCCCUACUGGCCGUACGGCUACAUGAUGGCAUACUCUGCGAUGGAACUGCCAGUGCCUGCGCGUGCGUUUGUGAUCAAGAGUUUCACCGAGAUUGACGUGGAAAAGUCGCUCAUCCACGGCGUCUGGUCGAGCACAGAGCGGGGCAAUCGGCGCUUGAACGACGCGUGGCGGAUGAGUGGCGAGACUGGUCCCAUUUACCUCUUCUAUAGCGUCAAUGGCAGCGGGCGGUUUUGCGGGAUUGCGCAAAUGACCUCGGGACUGGACUACUCACGCAGCAGUACCAUGUGGGCCGAAGGCACGCGCUGGAAAGGACUUUUUAGCGUGCGCUGGCUCCUCGCAAAAGACGUGCCCAACCGACAACUGCGGGGCAUUACCAUAACCAACGCCGCCGAGAUGAAGUCCGUGACACAAAGUCGCGAUACACAAGAGCUGCCGAUCGAUGCAGCGCUCGAAUUUUUGCACAUUUUCUGCUCGUACAUGGGCUAUUCAAGCUUGGAAAAUGCGGCUUGCAUCUAUACACCAUACGAGACUUUGUAA